UAUUGGAAAUCGAAGCAGAACCCUGUAAGCCUAAACUUCUAUCAAGUUUCUUUUAAAAAUGGAUGACUUAUCUAACAGCAAAUCGAACAGAAGUAUUAACCCUUGGGCUUCAGAUGUACAUUCGACAUCAGCCGCUUCUAGUAUUAUUCGUUUUGCAGAGAAAACGGGACAUCUCCGAAUGAGGAGAGAUGAAGAGGUGAAAGAAAUAGCUGAACAACUUCAAAGGCAGUCUGCAUCCCUGAGACUCAUUCAGCAGCUAAGGGAGAUAUCGGAAAAGAAAAGACACCUUGAUCAGGUGAAUGUUGAAAUCCAAUGUAGACUGAUGGAUAAAGAGACAAGGGAUCUUACUCACCUUGACAUACUGGAGUCAAAGAUCUCCAGUCUGAACACCUUAAGCAGCCAUCUCCAGCGGAUCCUGCAGGGAAAGAAGGAGCUCAUCAACCGGCUCCAGCAGCCCCUGGUCGGAGACUUCCUGAGGGUAGAGGCGACCUUUCACCCCCAGGUCAAAGAUCUCUUCCCGCUGGUCGUCGGCUGCCUGGCCGAGCUGAGUGCAAACCUGGAUAAUAUUCAGUGGGGCAGCGAGUUUGAUCUCAGAGAUGGGAGAGUGGCAGCAGUUCUUGAUGACAUUGCGUCUUCACUGGCUCAACUUCAGACAGGGCUACAUACAGUCAUGCAAGUCAGGUCAUUGGUUACAGAGUUAUGAUGGGAUAACAGUUAUAGACUCUUCUACAGCUGUUCCAUGCUUUAGAAACUUUAAAAUGAAGCGUUGCUUCUAAUCGGGUCAUUGGUUAGUACUUUGUUAUGAUUAAGAACUCUAAAGGCAAGCAUUGCUUCAUUGCUAGUUGUAGGCACUCACUCUGGACUAUUAAGACAGGGUCUGAACUACCAGUGCUCAAAACUAUCCCAAUGGUUUCAUGUAAAAUCUUCAGUGACUGCUUUUAAGUGACUAGGUUAAAGUCACUGUGGAACUGUGUUCAUGUGUCUAGGAUCCAGUCUAUGCCUACAGACUUUGUUGCAUGGCUUUCAAUUCGAUGCCUGGAGACUGUCCUGUUCAUUACCAUCUGAAAGAUUGACUGAAUCCAAUCAAUCCUGCAUAUGCGCAGACCAGUGAAUCAACCUCAAGACCAACUCACAAUGGCCCAAAUGGAGAUGUGAUGGUAUUUUAAAGAACCUGUUGACAGUCCAAAAUGAAAUAGAUGAAUUGUACCUGUAUAUCAAUGGAAAGCUUAUAAGCCAUAAAUUACAUUUUGCUAUUUUGGUGUCUGUCAGAGGAGUAACAGCUCUCUGAAAACUCAAAAUCAAUAUAUUUUCGAAACUAGUAACUUAAAGUUGUUUACCCAAAAACUAGCUGUCAACUUGAUGACAUCAUCUUAUGUGGAGCAUGUAUAUUCACAAUGACUUUGCAUAAAGCACGGCUCAUCGCCUCAGCUACAUGUAUAUAGGCAAGCCAAUCGUGUGAACAUGUUAUGUUGUCACCUUAAGUUGACCCUGUUGACCCAUAAGUUGGAGGGGCUGUGUGUAAAAUUAGGCUUUAAUUUGCUUUUGUGAAAUACUGACAGGUAGAAUAUAUUUAUUCCUUUAUAUUAGUAUUCCACCUUCAUUCAGCUUACCAUUGAUAUAAAGUUGUAUUUUCAUCGAAUAGGGUCUAUAAAGUCCCCAAAACAUAUGAUGCACUUUCAUAAAUCAUGACAUUGCUUUGUUGCUGAGCUGUUAUCAAAAGAAAUGAUUUACUUAUAUUGAAUAGACCCCUCGUAUGAUGUUCAUGACAGCUGCAGAAUCACAUGCUGUUUGGUAACUAUUUUCAUUUAAAGGCCGUCUGUACUAGUUCGGCCAGAAGGGAGUAGACCCCCCAGCAACGUCACUGACCGGUGGCUAUCUCAUCAACUCAGGUCUCAAUUAACUUAAGAAAAAGAGGAUCAUGGGGGACCAACAGGCACUGAUUGGGGAAGUUUUCUAUAUAGAGGGAGCAAUUUGCUACAAGUAGUACAGUGGGGAUAUAAAGGCAGGGUAUUUUACCGACAUCGCUACCACCGCUGUAAUGUAUUUUCAACUGCAUAGAGCAAUUUCCAGUUUCAGUACUUAGCAUCAUCAUGCGCACAUAGUUCAGUUGUUGAUGCAUUGUUGGACAGUCACAUGGCUGUCUCUGAGACAUUGUGGUCAGCAGAUUGUACUAUACAUAUGUAUCUGAAGUAGUGUCAGUAUAACACUAUGCCUUUAUAUGUGUCUUGGAUAUUUUGAGACCAAGUUUGCAAAAAUAUGGCAUUUGCCACAAAGUUAUAUGAUAAUCAACUUUUGGAAUUUGUUUGUGUACAAAAUCUUGCUCUUCCUUAAAUGCUGUAAAACUCUAACACUGCAGAUUGUGUCUUCUAUUAAACCUUUUGCUUUAUUUUGCA